UUUAAACAAUGUUGUUUAAACAAGUUUAACAAUGACUGUGAACAAGUCCUAACCCUAACAGGUUAAAUGAAAAUCUUAGACCUCGAUCAAAGUUCUUAGUGCUCAAAUUUGUAAGGGUUCAAAUACUUUUGCAAAGUACUUUAUUCCUGUUUUCACUAUAAAAUUAUAAAAUAAGAUAAUUCACUGAGAAAAGGGCAAAAACAGAUUAGAACAUAGAUAAAAAAUAAAAUGCAGUGUUACACUGCCAUCACCAGGUUGAUCUGGAUAUUUUAAAUGUCCUAAAAUGUGACUAUGUACAUCUUAUUUAACAAGGGAAAAAGGACAAAAGAUCUUAGACUCCUAACAAUUUCUAAUUCAAAUUCACACUUUAGAUUUAUCUGUCCUUCAUACUAUCAUACAAUCAUAAAUUAUUUCUUAUAAUAGGAAACCCUGAUGACUCAACUCCCACAGAAGCCCCCAUCCUCUCUGCUCUAUUACUCCACCCACUCUCCUCUCUCAUUGUCUUGCUUUGGUCACUCUCUCAUGCUGUCAGAACACCUCUCCCCUUUUGUGGAGUAAUACAUUACUGAGUAAAAAACAACCCAAAUGGCUUUUAACUUAAGCAAUGUAUCAAAUUCCAGCAUCAGCAAUGGGGGGCAGCAAAAAGACAGCAUGAAUUACGUCCAGAUCUUGGUUUUAAUCACAUACAUAGUGGUGUUUGUGCUUGGCACAAUUGGCAAUGGACUGGUCAUUUAUGUGACUGGCUACAAGAUGAAGAAAACUGUCAACUCCAUCUGGUUUCUCAACUUGGCCCUGGCAGACUUCCUCUUCACGUUUUUCCUUUUAGUGGCCAUUGCAUCAGUCCCUCAUAAGGGCUGGCCAUUUGGUCUCUUCUUGUGCAAAUUUAAUACCUUCAUCUCUGUACUCAACAUGUUUGCUAGCAUCUUCCUGCUGACGGCCAUCAGUUUGGACCGUUGUCUGGCCACGUGGGUGAUCGUGUGGGCCCAGAACAAACGUACUCCACUCAAAGCCAGGAUAGCAUGCUUGGCUAUAUGGAUGGGAGCCAUCGCCUGUAGCAUCCCUUUCGCCACUUAUCGUACUCUGAAUACACAUGGAAAUAUCACACGCUGUAGCCCUCUUCCUAAUCUCGAGGUCCUUAUGAACCUGACCGUGUUCCGGUUUGUGAUAGGCUUUCUUGUUCCCUUCAUCAUCAUCAUCUGUUCAUACAUAGCGAUUGCAGUAAGAGCUCAACGCCUCCAGAGGCACAAAAAGAUUCGACCCUUCAGAAUCAUCCUGACGGUGAUCCUCGCUUUCUUUUUUUGCUGGCUUCCUUUCCACAUCUACUCUUUUUGUUUUCUGAGCAGCAUUACAGGAAACUGGAGUUUUGAAGCUAGAAAAGCUCUUGACAUUGCUGCACCCUUCAUUGUAAAUCUGGCCUAUCUGAACAGCUGCCUGAACCCAAUCCUGUACGUGUUCAUGUGUGAAGAGUUCAAGACCAAGCUCAAGCAGUCCCUGUGGAUGGUGCUGGAGAGUGCUUUUGCAGAGGAACACCUGGCCUUCCUCAGCUCUCGCCCCUCCAUCAGCUCUCGCAACUCAGAAUCUCACAUCCAGAUGAAAAGGAACGGCACUGCUUGCUCUCUUGUCAGCCGAUUAGACAGGACAUCUUCAGAGGACUGAAGUCUCUGUUCUAUCUAUGUUGGAUGGACAUACCGUUUCAUAUAUGAACUGCAUACCAAAGCUAAGCCUACUGCUAAUUAUGUGUGCUUCAUGGCCCUUGAUUACCCACAAUUACCUGAAGAAGAAGGCAAAAAUUGGGCGAAAAUGGCGGAAAAUUAAACAUCUGAAGUAGAGAUUGUUAAAAUGUUAGUUUUAUUGUGAUUUAUUUAUGUGAAGAAAUGAAAAGGCAAACAAGAUUCGCACGACAAUGUUACCAUGUGAUGUUCAGUGUCACCUCACAGCCUCGUUAGACUGUUUCCGUCAUUGUUUGACAAACAGACUACUGAGAUUCUACUAAGCGUCUUCAAAGGACAGUUCCACAGAUGAUUCACCCUGCCUUGACAAGCGUCCUUUGCUGUGAAAUUCAGCUAUAGUGAGUGUACCUGUUGUAUAUAGCGUGUUUACAUUAUUUUUCCCCAUAUUUUGCAUUUUUAUUAAAUACAAAUUACAUGACUGGCAUUUUUUUGUAUAUAGUAUAUGUAUUUCUUUUUUUUUUACUUGAGUUUUUUAUUAAAAUGCUUCUCUAACCAGACAAUUAGUUGUGUAUUUAAACGCUUGUGUUUAGUAGCCAGAACUGAAUUAAAAAAACUGUAUGUAAAUUAUGUGUAAAGUGGGUGAGACAUCAAAGUGUUGGGCCUAUGGAGUGUAAGGGUAAGCCUAUUAAACAUGUACUAUGUAUAUUUCAGAGUGCUGUAAGCCACAUCUCAUGAUAUAAGCAAAAUAAAUAUAGUUUUCUUAUCUUG